UGAUUUAAGUAAUAAAUAAAUGACAAAUUUUUAAUUUUCAGAUGUGGCGACUCACAAUGUUAUUUUUAUAUGGAGAUUGGAAGACAAAGUUCUCUUGGUCCAGGCGAGUUAUGGAUGGAGACAGAAGACUCUUUAACAGCGCAAAAUAUGCAUAGAAUGAUAUUAAGCAAAAUGAUUUCACUAAACGAAGCACUGGUUGAACCCAUGAGGAAAAGGUCUUCCUCAGCAACAGAAACGACAAAUCUACACCAUGACAGAAAAUCCUCCCAAAAUUUGGAUAUUACAAACAAUUAUUUAUUAAACGCUCAUAAUUUUAGUAGGGAUAGGUGCGACAGUUUACCUACAAGAAAUCGCACUUCGAGUGAAUGCAGCAACCACAGCAUUCGGAUGAUGCCAAUAACAUCAAGUAAUCGGGUAAUGAAUUUUCAAAUUAGUAAUACUUCUCCUGUUGUCUAUUCUGCAAGUGAAGAGUCUGUUAGCGUCGAUGAUUCUGAAGAAAGCAUUGGAAUGCCCCAUUUGUUAAGUUCUAGAUCUCCAGAAGGUGUCAUUCCUGAAGAAUAUAUCGACGAUGCGUUCCAUUCUCAAAAAUUCUCAAAAAAUGGUGAUAUGAACUCUGUGGCGGCUUUAUCAUUGGAUCCAGGAAGUAAAGCAAACACAAAUCUUAUAAAACCAUGUGGUCCAGCUAAGGUGACAGAUAUAAAGAAGGAUAUUUGCGGCAAUAUAGAUGACCAAUUACAAUUCUCUGUUCGAGCUUACUCCUUUGGAGGCAAAGAUGAAAAUGAUCUAACUAAGGAAAGUAUAGUAAACCGAGUAAGAGCAUUUUCAGUAGGAUCCCGAAUCAAAAGUACCCGUAUAUGUUCAAAAACUAAUUUUAAGUUGUUCAAUAGCGACAAUAUCAAUAACGAUUUUGUAGAAAGUUCAACAAGAAAGUCGAUCAGUGUUCCUGUUCUUAUUAAUAGACACUUACAAGCUGUUGAUCGAAUGGCUGAUUUGAUGGAAAUUGAUUUCUCAAAAUCAAUAGAUAAAAGUUUAAAAAGGAAUAUCCAGAAAAAUAAAAAUGAGUGCCAAAAUGCAUCAAAUAUGCUACCACGAAGUUUGAAUAUAUCAAACUCGAUAGAAUCUAUUGAUAGAAGUAUAAAAAGAGUGGACAGUGGUUACUUAGAAAUGAAACCAAUUACACUAGCUUCGAAUGGCAUAAUAUAUAAUGACAACAAUCCUGUAAAUGAUACUGGUGUAUUUUCACAAAAUCGGCAUAACUUUAAACGAAAAGACAUUAGUAUCGAUUCGACAGCAUUAACGGAUACGAGUGAUGCGCCUGUUUCAACUCCAAAAGUAACUAAUUACUUGUACGAUAAAGGUUUAAUCCCAAAAGAUGGCAAAAAUAAAGAACGCACAUCAAUACCGAUCAGCAAUUUAACACUAUCUUCAAAGUGCAGUAACAAAUAUUCUGACAAAUAUUCGGCUGAUGUCAUCAACUUACCCCAAGCAGAUGCGUCUUGUAUGAAGCAACAGGACCUAUAUUAUGCCAGCUUAGAUCUACCAAAAUGUUGCAAUGAAGUAAAUACUCGAUAUAGCUUCAAGGAAAGCUCAAGCGACACAAAUAUUGGAGAGGUUCAAAAUGAAUAUGCUAAGAUAAACUUUGUUAAACCCGAAACAUCAUGUAGUUUAAUAGAUGAAAAAAAAAAAAGUUUUCAAUAAAUAUAUAUCUUAAAAGAUA